AUGAGCAGGCCUGACCGUUUGAAGGAGAGGGACAGAAAAAGUAAUCGGCAUUCUGCGGAUAAUUAUGAAGAUAGUGCAGCCCUCACAAGACCUGGUUUUGAAAAGAUUAUGCAUAGAAGAAGAAAUAAAGAAUUGCCUGAAAAUGUAAAAGACCCUGCGAAGGAAGUGUGGAGUAUUUCACCUGAAGGUUCUUUAGAGAAAAUCCCUGAUCAUUUUGAGUCUCCAAGAAUCUGUAAACAUCAUAAGAUUCCAUCCUCUAGCAUGGAGAAACAUGCUUCAGAGGAAGUAGUGAACGUAAGUUCUAGAAAGAAGAUUAAGAGCACCAUUGUAAAGGAAGAUGAUUUAACUGAAGGGAGAGAUAGAGCAACCAACAUUUUAGAAGCCAAAUCAAGUGCUGGUUUAAGUAAUAAAGGCCGAAAGACUGAAGAAAAGACUGGAAAGGAGAGGCGUGGUUGGAAAAAAAAUGAAGAAAUGAGUAAAAUUUCUGAAAAUAAAGCCGGGACUAAACAUUCCAGAGAUUCAGUUUACAAGGAUAGUUAUGCAGAAAAAGAUAGAUCAAAAUCUGAAAGGAAAGUAAAGAAAAAGAACCACAUUGAAGAGGAAGAUAAUCGCAAUGAGUAUCAUACAGAAAGGAAGCAUGACAGAGAUAGACAUGAUGGGGGGAAAACAAAAAAGUUGUUAAGCAAUGAUUUUGAAGAAGUACCUGAAAAGAAGCAACAUAGAGACUCAGAAAAGCAUAUUCAUGCAGAGGGUGGAGCAAAAUAUGAAAGAGAAAUCAACAGAGAAACAAGAGCGAAUUAUGAAAGAGAAAUCAAGAGAAAAUAUCGAAGUGGAGAUGGUGAAACUCAGGGCAAGAAUGCAACAAGGAAGCAAGAUAUUGCAAAGCAUCAUAACCCACACAUUGAUGAAAGGAAGAACAGGCAGGAAAAGGUGAAGUCACAUUAUGAAGAAUCAACCAUGAAGAGGAGACGAUCAAGAAGUCGGGAGCGUGUGGAUAGAAGAAGGUCCCCAAAUACUUAUCAAGAUGGAGAUCGUAAAGACUUAUCCAUGGUUUCUCUGACAGAUAUUUCUAGAAAAAAGCAUUCUGAUGAUAAAAAUAGAGUAUCAAUGAAUGGUUCAAGUAGGCGGUCAAGAAGUCGGGAUCGUGAGGAUAAAAGAAGGUCUCCUUCUUUUUCACCAAGGGCACACAGAAAGACUAAUCAAGAUGGAGAGCGGAAAGACUUGUCUAUGCCUUCUCUGACAGAUAGUUCUAGAAAAAAGCAUUCUGAUGAUAAAAAUAGAGUAUCAACUAAUGGGUCAAGUAUACGGUCAAGAAGUCGGGAUCGUGAGGAUAAAAGAAGGUCUCAUUCUUUUUCACCAAGGGCACACAGAAAGACUAAUCAAGAUGGAGAGCGCAAAGACUUGUCUAUGCCUUCUCUGACAGAUCGUUCUAGAAAAAAGCAUUCUGAUGAUAAAAAUAGAGUAUCAACUAAUGGUUCAAGUAGACGUCACCAUCGCGGAUAUCGACACAGUGGCUCUGCUAGUGGACUUGGUGGCUAUUCGCCAAGGAAGAGGAAAAGUGAAACUGAUAUUAAGACACCUUCACCACCAUCUAAGGUUUCUUCGGGGAAGAAACGUGCUGGAUGGGAUCUUCCUCCUGUAGGGACAGAUCCUUCUCCAGCUGCUGUUCCUUCUGGUUUUCAAUUAUCAAAUCAUAGUGUGUUGUCCAGCAUCCAUGAUUUAGCUUCUGCUACUUCUCAGGAUCCAUCCAUCGUGAAGCCUCUACCAGUGUCAUAUUUUAAUGUGGUAUCAAAUGGGAAGAAUGACACUAUUGAUUCCGUCCAACUGACACAAGCUACCCGCCCUAUGAGAAGGCUUUAUCUGGAAAACUUACCAGGUUCAGCCUCUGAGAAAGUUGUGAUGGAUUGUUUCAAUAACCUGCUUUCUUCCAGUGUAAAUCAUAUCCAACAAACUCGGCCAUGCAUCAGCUGCAUUGUUCAUAAAGAUAGGGGCCAAGCGCUUGUGGAAUUCCUUACAGCUGAGGAUGCAUCAGCUGCCCUUUCUUUUGAUGGAAGUACACUACUUGGCUCUAUGGUGAAAAUUAGACGUCCCAAAGACUAUGUUGAAUUUGCAACUGGUGAACCAGAGCGAUCAGUGGAAGUUGCUGUCACUAUAAGUGAUGUUGUAGUUAAUUCACCAAACAAGGUCUUCAUUGGUGGAAUUUCAAAUCACAUUUCUUCGGAUAUGCUUAUGGAGAUUGCUGGUGUGUUUGGAUCUUUGAAGGCUUACCACUUUGAGGCUAGGGUCAGCAGUGGAUGCGCUUUUGUUGAGUAUGUGGAUCACUCUGUUACUGCCAAAGCUUGUGCGGGUUUGAAUGGAAUGAAGCUGGGAGGGGAAGUAUUAACUGUUGUUCAGGCUAUGCCCGAUGCAUCACCCGUGGAAAAUGAUGGCCAACCACCAUCUUAUGGCAUUCCAGAGCAUGCAAAGCCACUGCUCAGCAAGCCAACGGAAGUACUGGAGAUUAAAAAUGUGUUCACAGUGGAGUCUAUAUCAUCUUUAUCUGACACUGGAAUCGAGGAAAUUUUGGAGGAUGUACGAUUGGAAUGUGCAAGAUUUGGGACUGUUAAAUCAAUUCAUGUAGCCAGGCAUAGCGAUGACAAGAAUGUUGCAACUAAAUCAGAAGAAGCUAAAAAGAAUGUGGGUUCUGAAGAAGCUUCUUUAGUCACACACACUGUUACUAAUAAUGCAGAAUCUAGUUCUUCGGAAGAGGCUACUCACUCCAGUUCUAUCGGAACAAGUGGAAUGGAACUCCAUUACGAAAAAGAUCUAGAAGAUGUUAAUAUUGAUAAAAAUGCUAAAGUUUUUUAUAAUACUACACGUGAAGAACAAGAACAUCUUGCAGGUGAUGAUGCAACAGUUAAAGAUGCUGACAAUGAGUGUAUGCCUAGUCGUACCAUUCAAGGAUGUCCUGAUCAUCAUGAUAUAUCCUUUAAUGCUCCAGAGUUGAAUGAUAACACGGUCGAUAAUGAUAUUGAUGUUGAGAAGCUAGUGGGGGACAAUAUGGACUCAAAGGGCACGGUUUGUCCAUUUCAGAAAGGCUUUUCUGAAUGUGAUAUUAGUUCAGAGUUAGUUGGUCCCAUAAAGGACAUUAAGGAGGAGGAUGAAGAUGAAUAUGAUAUUAACAACAUUGUAUUUGAACCAGGUUCUGUUCUUGUUGAAUAUGCAAGAACCGAAGCAUGCCGUUUGGCAGCUCAUUGUCUGCAUAGACGUUUCUUUGACGGCAGAAUGGUGACAGUUCAGUAUAUUUCCCUGAGUCUAUACAGAGCAAGAUUUACAAAGUGA